UAAACCCUGUCAAGACUCGCUCUCCCCACCACAACUUAAGGCUCCUCAGAGUAUCUAAGAUAAUAGACUUGAACAUCUCUGACAAUAAUUUCCUCUCCCUGAAAUAUGAUCCCCACUAUUUUUCCCCUGCCCUCAAUCCCAAGAACAAUAAAUUUUAAAGAAAGAUUGCAGAGAUGUCCACUCUUGAAAGGUGUUUUUGUUCUUUAAACUCCUAAGAUGCUGAGUUUUCAGAUCUUUCAUAACUGAGAGAAAAUCUUCACCUCAAAUGAUCAUCCAGUGUAGGGUGAUGAAAGCACAGUGCCAGGCAUUAAAUUGAGAACCUUCAUAAAAAAUGUCUACCCAGAGACAGAUGAGGUCAUUGAGUUCCUCAGUGCUGAUUGGUACCUUUCCUAGGGACUCUCCAAUCCUGCCCUACAUGGGCACUUCCACAGGUUUUUAUUCUCUGAAGGGGGGAUACGAGAACCACUGAGUGGGAGCUGUGUUGACUACCAUUACUCCUUCAUUUGUCCUCAAUUAUGUCUGGGAUGGUGGCUCUGCGGCUCCCCAGAGGCCUUUGGACAGCGGCCGUGACGGUGAUGCUGGUGGUGCUGGGUGCUCCGGUGGCUGAGGGCAGAGACUCUCCACAGGAUUUCGUGGUCCAGUUUAAGUUCCAGUGCUACUUCUUCAACGGAACGCAGCGGGUGCGGCUCCUGACCAGAUACAUCUACAACCAGGAGGAGCACGUGCGCUUCGACAGCGACGUUGGGGAGUAUCGGGCGGUGACCCCGCUGGGGCGGCCGGAGGCCGACUACUGGAACGGCCAGAAGGACGUCCUGGAGCGGACGCGGGCCGAGCUGGACACGGUGUGCAAACACAACUACCAGAUAGAGGAAGGCACGACCCUGCAGCGGCGAGUGGAACCUACAGUGACCAUCUCCCCAUCCAAGACAGAGGCUCUAAACCACCACAACCUGCUGGUCUGUGCGGUGACAGAUUUCUAUCCAAGCCAGGUCAAAGUCCAGUGGUUCCGGAAUGGCCAGGAGGAGACAGCUGGUGUUGUGUCCACUCCUCUUAUUAGGAAUGGAGACUGGACCUACCAGAUGCUCGUGAUGCUGGAGAUGAAUCUCCAGCGAGGAGAUGUCUACACCUGCCGCGUGGAGCACUCCAGCCUCCAGAGCCCCAUCUCGGUGGAGUGGCGGGCACAGUCUGAAUCUGCCCAGAGCAAGAUGCUGAGCGGUGUCGGGGGCUUUGUGCUGGGGCUUAUCUUCCUCGGGCUGGGCCUUUUCAUCCGUCACAGGAGUCAGAAAGGGCUCAUGCGCUGAAUCCUGAAGAUACUUUGGGGUUGGUUUUUGCUCUUUUUAAAUGCCUGUCUGUUCUUGCCUGGAAUUCCCAUCCCCACUGCCAGCUUGUCCUCUCUGAGGUCAGAUCCUACAGUGACUGAUGCAGUCACCAGGGUGCUUCCUGUGAUCCCCACCUCAAGGCUCUGGCUGUGAAGCUUCUUCCUGAACUGACCCCAGCGCCUCUGCCUGAGUGCAGCCAGCUGUGUCUACUCAGACCACAAGGGAUUUUCCUGUUCCUAUUUCCCCUCAACAGACUGUGCAAGAGAAGCACAUUGAAACCAUUUACCUGGCUAUAGAGUGCUUUUUUUAAAAUCAUAAUUAAACAUGAUUAUGAGUUA